AUGUGGCAACUUCUCCUUGCCGCAGCUGUAGCAGGAUGUACUACUUUCGUUGCUAAGCAUUUUCUUGCUCUUGCUCAGGAACGCCCUAAAGAGGAAGAAAAUCCUUUUGAAGAUUCGAUUGCUUCUGCAUUUCAAUCUCCUCUAUUUCCUAACCAUGGUAAUGGGUGCGGAUACGACAGUAAUUUCCAGCAACCACCUGAUGGGAUCUUUAGGUUCUCGAGUUCUGCUUCUGCUUCUUCGCCAAGUGGUAAGAAAACUAGGAUUUCGAGGAAGAAAUCGGGCAUCACGGGUCGCCGAUUGAAUUUUGAUGCGGAAAAUUAUAAGGCUGAUAAAAGAUCUGGUGGUUCCGAGAAGAGUGCAAGGCGCCGAUUGAAUUUUGAUAGCUCUUUGUUUGGUUGUGGACUUGGCAUUGGAAUCAUGUACAUGAUGUCAGCCGAGAAAGCUGAGAUCAGUAAGCUAAGCAAUGCCAUAGAUGAGACUGCAAAAACUGUUAAAGAAUUAAGAACUGAACUGUAUAAAAGAAGGUCAACCAAAGUUGCUGCUAUCUCAAAAGAUUUAAGCAGUAAUAAUGAACUAGAGUUUUAUAGAGCAGGUACAGGGCACAAUAAUGACCCCAAAGUUAUCAAAGUUUAUGGGAUCCCAAUGAUUGAUGAUGUUGAACGCCCAAGUAGUGGUCUUACAGAAGAGCCAGAGCCACAGCUGCUGGAAAUGGAUCAACUCGAAGCAGAGCUUGCAUCUGAACUACAAAAACUUCCAUGGUCCUAUCCUGAAGCUUCUGGUCAUGAAGGAGUUGAACCAAAUAUGGAUAAGAAUGAGACUUUUUCUGGUGGGCUUCACAAAUUGGAGGGUCAGAGCAAUAUUUCUUGCCAAUGCCAUGGAGUAUUGCCAUCUGAACUGGAUCGGAAACUGUCCCAUUUGCUCAUCGAACUAGAAUUUGAAUUGCAUUCUGCCCAGUCCAAACUCCAUGAGAAGGAAGCUGAACUCCAGGCGCUGAAAGACUGCGUAAAACGCCUGACUGAAUUCUCCCUAUCAACUGUAUCAGAUGAUGAAGCUGUGACGCAAGAGUAUGUGAUAACAAAUGCAGGGAUUACCUACUGCAAAUCAAAGUUUCAGUUGAAGGAAUGUGAUUAUCAGAAGGAAUUACCUACUGCAAAUUGA